AGGGCUUCCGUGCCUCGCUUCUCCCCGUGGGGCUCGGGUGGAGGCCUCGGUUGAACGCUGCCUCCAUGCUCUGGGCACGAACGUUCCCUUGAGGGUGCUGGGAUGGCGUUUGAACCGGUAGAGAGGAGGGGGCGCUCAGACGGAUCUGCCAAGGCGGGCGUAAAGCGGUGGGCGCGGAGGGAGGGGAUGGUGUCUGGAAGAGUAGAGGGCAAAGGGCGCCCUUCCGGGCCCAGCCGUGGUCCAGACUCAAGAGUGUGGUUCGGGCUUGAAAACGGACCUUCUGUGGGUAAGAUAUUGGGAGGUUUAACAUACUUUGGAUGGGGGUGACCCUGCCGGUCUCUAGGCAGGCAGCACUUUCCUGUGGCCUCUCUUGACAGAUCUGCAGUUCCUCCUGGCCAGUUAGUAGCAGGAUGCUGGGGUGGGGGGAGGGAGGUGGCAAGCACUGGACCAGCUUCAGCUUUCAAGGCUGUGAAAUGUCAGCUUUAGGGAGCCCCUUCUCACCUCGUUGGGGGGCAUUAAAUACAGGCAUUCAAGCUAUUAUGUACUUGUAUGAUUGUAUCCAAGCCUUAUAAAGAGUUACCCAAAACUUUAAGAGAAGACUUUUUCCGGGCAUGUCCCAAGAACAGGGCAAAAUUGGUCUUUUUUUAUUUUUUGAACUCUGAAUAUUUUAUAAUCUACUUCUCUGUGUGUGUGUGUGUGUGUGUCCUGGGUAAAUGAAAAUCUUUGCUGAGCACCUGCUGUGUACCUGGGCCUUAGGUAUACAUUGUUUUCCUACAUGUCUUUAAAAACCCCAGUGAAGCUGUUAUUAAUAUACCAUUUUAUAGAUAUGGAAAAGUGCCCACUUUCACACAGAUAGUGAGUUGGAGGUUUUUGGGUCCAAAUUCUGUGAUCCUUCCAUUGACACCUCUGGCUCUUAACAAUAUAUUCAUCUCCACCUGAGCAAACCAACAGAUUCUCAUUCUCCAUUAACAAAGGAUGGUACAGUGCACCGUUUCUCUAAAGUGUAUCUGAAAGGAUCUUAGUGGCCAAGAGCUGGCACUGCCUUCAUCCAAUUUUUUACUUUUUUUGGCGAAAUCCUCAGUUCAUUACUAUCUCUUUGUUAGGUACAGCAGAAAUUUCUAGAUUUUGCAAUGUGCUCUUUAUAAUAUGUCAUGCAUUUCUUGAAUGUCAUGAUGGUUAUAUUGGAUGAUAAAUUUCCAAAUUGUGGCAAGCUCUGUGUUAGAAUGAGUUUUAGUGUAAAAAAAAAAAAAAAUCUAAAGCACAUGUAUGAGUUUUCUGGCAGAAGAAUCCUCAAGGUACAGUGAAUGUUGUGCACUGUUUUUCAGUUGUGAAUCUAUUUUUGUAAUACUGCACCCACUUUGGUCUCUGGCAAAUUAUUUGUUGUUUCUGUAAUUACUCUCACAGGGUUGCUCUCCACUUACAUACAUUUACAUAUAUAUGUAUUGUAUAUAUACAUUUAUGUAGAAUAGCCCAAAAAGAAAUCAAAACCCCAAAAGAAGAUUUAUCCAAAUUUCCUUUGCUCUUGGAAUCUUGUGGUGCUCUUUGCGUUUGGCAACAAUACUGCUUUUCAAAUACAAAUAUGUACUGAACAUCUAUCAUGUCCAAGUUGUUGUGCUAGGCACACACUGUAGUGCCUAUAAAGAAAUGUUAAGACCCAGUUCCUAUCCUCACGAAGUUGAAACUGUUUGGGGAGACAAAAAUUAUAAGAACACUUACUAAAAAAACCCAAAUCCGUUGCCAAGUCAAUUCCGACUCAUAGUGACACUUAGUAUGUCAUAAAUGAGCAGUGGUAUAAAGUCAGGAGGUCUGGGACGGAGUUUUAAAGAGUAAAUCUAUCAGUGGUGAGCCAGAUGGAUGGUCAAGGAAAGAGGUCAAAGACAAGGCUAUCCUACUUAAUUCUAACAUCCUUGAAAAAGUAAGUAGUAUUACCCUUUUUUAUAUAAAAAUAAUAACAGCAGGUGGUAGUAUUUAUUGAAGUCUUACUAUAUGCCAGGCACUAUGGUAGGAGUUUCUCAUUUAAUCCUCAGGACAAUCCUGUGAGAUUGGUGCCGUUUUUAUUCCCAUUUUACAGGUGAGAAAACUCAGGCCGAGCAGUAAAAUGAUUUGUCGCAGGCCACAAAGUGAGAAGUGGUAGAGUUGAGACCUGAGUUCUUUGCUCAUUUUGUAGCUACCUCAGUUAUUCAGGAGCCCUUCUGGAAGAUGAGACUGAGGUGGUGAGGGUAAACAUAGUUCAUUCCUCUUUGAGUGGAUUGCUUUCCGGAGUCAACAUGGGGAAGCACUGGGGCUUGCUGAGAAUAAAUGAGGGAUGUAAGCUGAAUUUAAAUGGAUAAUUUGGAUCAUUUAAUAUCAUCAUUAAUUAUAUUAUUAUUAUCCAUUAUUACAAUGGAUAAUUAUCCAUUUAAAUGGGUAAUCCCUGGGUGAUACAAACGGUUUGCACUUGACUGCUAUCCUAAAGGUUGGCAGUUUGAAGCCACCCAGCAGUACCACAGAAGAAAAGACUGGGUGAUCUGCUUGCAUGAAGAUUACAGUUGAGAAAACCCUAUGGAACAGUUCUACUCUGCAAGACGUGAGGUUGCCAUGAGUUGGAGUUGACUUGAUGGUCACUAAGAACAACAACAACAAUAAACUGGAAAAAAAAAAAAAAUUCUAGUUAGACCAGCAGAACAUCAGGAGUGAAUUUUUCUCUGGUGAUCAUGAAGUAAGAAGGGAAGUGUGCAAGGUAGUUUUAAUUAAUCUAAUCUGGGUUUACUUCUGGUUCUUCUUUAUUAUCUUGGUCAAUUUGCAGAUUUCUUCACCUGCAGAAUAGAGAUACUACUAGUAACUUUACAUAGCACUUUUUUAUAAAAGUGAGGUCAUACAAUAUUUGUCCUUUUGUGAAUGGCUUAUUUCACUCAGCAUAAUGUUCUCCAGAUUUAUGUUUUGAGGAUAUAUCAUUAUUCUUUAUGGCUGCAUAGUAUUCCAUUUAUAUAUAUACUGCUUUUUGUUUAUCCGCUCAUCUGUUUAUGGGCACUUAGGCUGUUCCCUUAUUUUUGCUAUUAACAUAGGUGUGCAUACGUCUGUUUGUGUCACUUAUGUUACAUUUUUAAGGUAAAUACCUGGAAGUGAGAUUGCUGGAUCAUAAGAUGGUUCUAUUUCUAGUUUUUUGAGGAAGAGCCAUACCAUUUUCCAUAGUGAUUGUACAAUUUUACAGUCUCACCAGCAGUGGAUAAGAGUUCCAAUCUUCCUACAUCCUUGCUGGCAUUUAUUGUUUUCUUUUUGUUGCUCUUGUUGUUUUGAUCAGUACCAUUUUAGCUGGGGUGAGAUGAUAUCUCAUUGUACUUUUGAUUUUCAUCUCUCUAAAGGAGCCCUGGUGGUGCAGUGGUUAAGCGUCUGGGUGCUAACAAAAAGGUUGGUGGUUGGAACCCAGCAGCAACUCCUCGGGAGGAAGAUGUGACAGCCAGCUUCUGUAAAGAUUACAGCCUUAGAAGCCCUAUUGGGCAGUUCUACUCUGUCCUACAGGGUUGCUGUGAUUCAGAAUCAACCUGACAGCAAUGUGUUUGGUUUGGUUUCGGGAAUGGCUAUUGAUUGCGAACACCUCUUCAUGUAUUUAUUGGCUACUUGAAUGUCCUCUUUGUGAACAGUCUGUUCUUGUCUUUUGUCCAUUUUUAAAUUGGAUUGUCUUUUUGUUGUUAAAUUGUUGAAGCUUUCUAUAUAUUUUAGGGAUUAAAUCCUUAUCAAAUAUAUCGUUCCCAAAGAUUUUUUCCCAGUCAGUAGGUUGUCUUUUUACUUUUUUGAUGAAGUCUUUUGAUGAGCAUCAGUAUUUGAUUUUUAUGAGAUCCCAGUUAUCUAUUUUGUCUUUUGGUGCCCUUGCAUUUGUAAUUGUGUUUAAUAGUCUAUCCUUAAAAAAAGUCAGUCCCAUAGUUUUGCCCCUAUGUUUUCUUCCAAGAACUUUAUGGUUUUAGCUUUAACAUGGAGGUCUUUGGUCCAUUUUGAGUUAGUUUUUGUGUAUGAGGUAUUGGUCUUGUUUCAUUUAUCUGCAUGUGACUAUCCAGUUUUGCUAGCACCAUUUGUUGAAGAGACUGCUCCUUCUCCAUUGAAUGGUCUUUGACUCUUUGUCAAAAUCAGGUGUCUAUAGCUGGAUGAAUUUAUUUCUGGGUUCCGAGUUCUAUUCCACUGGUCUAUGUGUCUAUUGUUGAACUAGUACCAGGCCAUUUUGGUUACUGUAGUUAUAUGGUAUGUUCUGAGGUUGAGAAGUGUGAGACUUGUACUUUGUUCUUCUCUUUUCAAUAUUGCUUUGGCUAUCCGGGGGCCUCUUUCCUUCCCAUACAAAGUGGGUAAUUAGUUUUCCAUUUCGGUAAAGAAUGUUGUUGGAAUUUGGAUCAGGAUUGCAUUAUAUCUAUAGAUUGCUUUGGGUAGUAUUGACAUUUUCACAAUAUUAAGUCUUCCAAUCUAUGAGCGGGCACUAUCUUUCCAUUUAUGUAGGUCUCUUUCAGUCUCUUAUUUAGUGUUUUAUAGUUUUCAUUGUACAAGACUUUUACAUCCCUGGUAAGGCUUAUUCUUAGGUAUUUUAUCAUUUUGGAGGGGGGGAGAUUCUCGUUUUUGAAAUGAGAAAAUGGAGGCUUUGAAAUAUGGAGUCACAUAUGAUGGUGACAGGUGUAGAAAUGGAGGAACCUGGGAUGGUAUUCGAAUCCCCUAGCUCCAGAAAACACACCCUUUCUGGUACAUCAGCCUUCCCAAUAGAAGGUAGCUUAUUUCAUCUAUGCUUCUAGAAGGGCACAGAGAGUAAAAAUAGAAAAGUUUGGAUUUUUAAGAUGUUAUUGUACAAGUACCAUGAAAAUUGUAGACUUGUGGGAACUAAUUAAGGAAAGAAAAGAGGAAAUGUAGCAAGUAAUAUCCAGUUGAUUUGGAAGUGUCUUGUUUCUUUAAGACUCCAUUCAUAUCUUUUUCUUUCUUUCUGUUUCAUUGGUAUGUAGGGGGAAUGUUUAUUCAACAUAUGAAAUAGUUCACAGUACAAAUGAUUCAGGGGUGUGGAAGGGAGGAGGUGGGAUAAGAUUCCUUCAUGCAUUUUAGGAGCCCAUCUGCUAUGUCAAGUGUGAUAUAUCUGAAAUGGAAAUAAAUACAACAGGAUUAAAAGAAAAAAAAAAAAAAACAGAAGAGAAGGGAGAAAAGAUAAAGGAAAAUUUUUUUAGAAAAAUGAUAAGGAGGUCCUAAAGAGGGAAAGGAGAAAACACACUGACUGGAUUAAAAAAAAAAAAGAACAAAAGUUCAGAAGUCUCUAAUUCAAGCAAGAGAAGAAAGUUUCUAUACUUAGUUAAAACUAGGGUUAAAAAAACUACAACUACAAACACCAGUGAGAGGAGAGAAAAUUCAGGGAAGCCUAAGCAUCUGUACAAGAGAGAAACAGGUGUGUGCUGGAUCAGCUCAUGGAAAACAUGUUUGGGCUAUUGGGUAGAAAGAAGAAAAAAAUAAAGGGAGCUGUUGUGGUAUCACUUUCCUUCUCCAUCAAGCCAAUAUGCCAUUAUGAAGGGGCCGAUUUGAUGACUGGAGUCCAACAGGCCAUCUUUUGUUCAUGCCAUGGCUUAUUAGGUUUUUCAUCAAAUGGUAGACUCAGAAGAAAGAAGCAAGUAAGACUUCAGUCAGGAGAAUUUUUUUUCAUGAUGUAGCUCCUGAAAAGCCAUAGACAAGAGAAGGUCAGCGCCAAUGGCUAAGCUGAGAGUUAGCAACUUGGUGGAUUGCAACUACUGUGCCAGUCCAUCUUAUUGAAGGUCUCAUUCACUCUUGCUGGCCCUCUUCUUCACCAAACAGGAUGUCCUCUUAUAGCGAUUGAUUGCUACUGAUGUUGUGUCCAAAGCAAGCAAAUUGGACAAUGUGCUGUUGUGAUCCAUAAGGUUUUCAUUGGCUAUUUUUCAGAAGUAAAUUACCAGGCCCUUCUGGAAGCUUCUCUGAAACCUGUCCACCAUGGGUAACCCUGCUGGCAUUUGAAAUACCAGUAACAUAGCUUCUAGCAUCACAGAAACAUGGAAGCCACCACAGUACAGCAAACUGACAAACCAGUGGAGGAUAUAUUGCAUACGUGCUGGGUUUUGUUGUUAUUGUUUGACCUUCUUUUGAGGGGGGUGGGUAUCAGAAAUAAUGAUUCGAGCUUCUGAAGAUUAAAGCAUGAGACAUUUGUUAUAAGUAGAUUGAUAUCAUAGUGAUGAAAUGCAAUGUGCCUGGCACAUGGUAAGUGAUCAACAAACUGUAGUAUUAGUGUUAGUGUUAGCAUUAGGCCUGGUGUUAGUAUUAUGCUGCCAUUCUUGCUAUUGAUCAAAAGCAAUCUCACAUGCUAGAAAGAAUGUUGGAUUAGAAAGCAGGAGACCAAAGUUCUGAUCUGGGUUCUGCUAUUAAUGUGGGCUUAGUCAAGUCAACCUCUUUUUUCUAGACCUUGGUUUAUCCAUCUGUAAAGUGGGGAAGGUGGAAUAGAUGACCUCCAAAAUAUUGCCUUUAAUAGAUACAUCUGCUACAUUACUAAUAUAUUACUGGAAGACAUGUCUGUAAGUAGCUUUGCCAGCAGUAAGAUUUUAUCCCUGUCUCACUGGGUGACUAACAUACAUUUACCAGACAGCCAGCCUAACAAAUCCACAUAAAGAUGAAUGACCGAUUAGAUCAUGAAUUGAUAAUAAUGGUGAUAGGGCAGCACACUAAGAAAGCUUUACAAAAUUUCCAUAGAGCUCAUCUAGAUAAUCAGGGCCUAUGUUUCUACCUUUAGUCAACUGUAGUUAUUGUGUGCCUUCUAAAUGGUGGGGACAGUUACCGGUCCUGACUUCAAAACAAUAAAAUUAAUCAAUUGAAACAUUUUUGGGGGCACAGAGAAUGUCAGCAAUAUGUUAGAGAUAAAUAGAUUCUUUUAGGAGAAAUAAAUAUAAGAAAUAUAGAAACAUUAUUUUAAUAAUUUUUUUGAGACUUAACAGUACAAUUGAUAACCUUAAAGUUAAACUCUGAUUCAUUAUAUUUAGAAAUCACUGAUAUUGGUGAUCUGUAAUCACUAUUUAUAAUCAAAAGUAUAAUUUACUAUGGGAAAAGAAACAUUUACACUCAAAGUAAAUUAAACUUAAAGUAAGAUUAUUAUAAUUUUUUCCAGUUUCCAUCUUCUACAAAUGUAAAUUCACCAAUUAUUUGUUAUGCAAAGAAUAUAAGACAUCAGAAGGCUUGCCCUACUGAGAUGUAGUAUAUUAUUUAUCAAUAUAAAGUUCUAAUUUAAAUUAGAUAUUCGUAUUUAAUCAACUUUACAUCAACAAACAUAUUGAACAUGGCAGUUUUUUACUGUUUCACACCCUUAAUGCCAUAUCUUCUCAACAUUUUAUUUUCAGUGUUUGAUACAUUAUGGAGGCAAUAAAUGACCUCCAGGGACUUAUUGAAAACUUUGAAAUUUUUACACAUUUUGCUAUGGUAUUUUCAAAAUUCCUUUCAAUUUAAAAUAAUUAUAUGACAGGACAAUGCAAUUGUUUGUUCUUGAAUGUGUAUGUGAUUGAAAAUAUCAAUAAAUUACUACAAAUUUUUUUUGAAUGCUGAAAAAUUACUUACUAAAUGUAAAAACCUUAAAAUAAGAGUGACUUGGUUAUCUAGUGCUGCUAUGACAGAAAUAACACAAGUGGAUGGCUUUAACAAAGAGAAAUUUAUUCUCUCACAGCCUAGGAGGCUAGAAGUCCGAAUUCAGGGUGCCAGCUCCAGGGAAAUGCUUUCUGCCUGUCAGCUCUGGAGGAAGGUCUUUGUCAUCAAUCUUCCCCUGGUCUAGGAGCUUCUCAGCACAGGGACCACAGGUCCAAAGGACACGCUAUUCUCCUGGCUCUUGUUUCUUGGUGCCAUGAAGUCCCUCUGUCUCUCUACUUGAUUCUCUCUUUUAUAUAUCAAAAAAGAUUGGCUCAAGACACAAUCCAAUCUUAUAGAUUGAGUCCCGCCUCAUUAACAUAACUGCCACUAAUCCCAUCUCAUUAACAUCUUAGAGAUAGGAUUUACAACACAUAGGAAAAUCACGUCAGAUGACAAAAUGGUGGACAAUCACACAAUACGGGGAAUCAUGGCUUAGCCAAAUUGAUGCACAUAUUUUUUGGGGACUCAGUUCAAUCCAUAACAAAAAGUAAUUCACAUUGUGGGGGGAAAAAAAAAAGAUGAGCAGCUGCUGAGAAACCCUUUCCUUCAGAGAAGCAUUGAUGCACAUUCUGGAUCAUCACUUGGUUGUUCUAUGGCAGCCCAGACUGAAAUGUCAGCUUUUUUUGGGGGGCGGAGGGGGCAGCAGGUACUUACUAGAUAAACUUUAAGGUUCCUUCCUCCCCUGAGUUUUAAAGAUUCUUUGAUAGACAGGAUUAGAAAUAAAAGAUUGCCUAACAUGUAUCCUAACAAACAUACAAUUCUAGUAUGUUGAAAGUCACAAGUGAUAUGAAAAAGAAAUGAAGGGAAAAUGGGAACUAGUCUCUAAGGGGUGCCUACUUAAUGCUAUGUAUUCUCAUGGGUCCUUGACAUUAUCACUUAUUCUUCACAAUAAUUUUGUCUAGGUAAAUAUUACUAUACCCGUCAUUGUUGUUCUUGUAUGUUGUCAAGUUGAUCUCGACUCAUAUCAACCCCAUGUGACAUUGUAGAACUGCCCAGUAGGGUUUUCUAGGUUGUAAUCUUUACAGGAACAGACUGCCAGGUCUUUCUCCCAUGGAGCUGCUGGGUAGGUUAAACUGCCAACCUUUCUUUGGUUAGCAGCCAAGUGCUUAACCGUUGUUGCACCACCAGGGCUCGUUUUAUAUGGAUGAGGAAACAGAGCUCUCACAGUUAAUUAUAUACAGUACAACUGAGAUUCAGUAGCCCUUUUCCACAAUAUCAUACUGCUUCUUGCACUUAAUAUGGGGCUUCAGGAAAGAAAAAAAAAAAAGUAGAAGUAGGAAAGCAUCCUACCUAUGUGGAAUGAUCACCUGAAGACGAAAACAAGGGUUUCUUCCUAGCCUGGUAAAAAACGACUUUGAAGGAAAUGCAUACUUUGUGCUUCUCUCUGGAGCUGUGGGAAAAGAGACUGUCUGAGAGGAAGUUGUCCCCUCUGCCCUCUGCCAGUCACUGUUUCUGGCUCUGGUUCCCCCUCAUCUGAGACAUUGUUUUCACCGCCUGGAAACUGUCACAACUUGAGCGAUGAGUCAGCGUGCUCUUUGAUUUUCUGAUUCAAGGUAGGGUUGUAGUUUUAAUGUUGACCCUCCAAGGAGGCUGUAUGAAGGAUGUUUACAAUUGAUAGGAGGUUUCAUUUUAUUGGAAGAUACCUCAUUUACUUGAAGGUCUUUGGGGUUCUGAGUUUCUCAUAAAUGGAGAAGCUGCUUUUACCUAGUAUUCAGAGAAAAUGAGCGAGUUUAUAUUUUAGAUCAAUGUACUAUAUAAAACUCCAACUUAUCUUCUAUUUUAUCUACUUCUGAUACAAAUCUUCAUUUUAAAACUCCUUAGGAUGACCAGUUGAAUGUUUUAUUUGUUUGGGGAAUGUUAUAGCUUCAUAAAUUGCCAAGCACAUUGAAAAUCCCUGUAAAGGUGUGCUGUAGACAUCUUUUGCAGUUAGGAAGCAGAGACCUAUUUAAUUCCUAUGUGUUUGUUCAUCCCAUUAUCUUCUAGUUCAAUCCAUCAGAAUAUUCCGGAUUUUAAUGCAGCAACUAAAGUAGCUUCAAUAAACAAAAAUUUACUAGCGAUGUCGACCUCAAGGCAGCAGAAUAAGAUCUGAUUAUUUUAAACUGAACUUACUUUAAAUUAAACUGGAAAUGCAAUAGAUCAGUGGAGAAAACUCAUUUAAGUUUUGUCAGGCCAGCACAUGUACUGGGUAUUUACUGUGUGCCACAUAUUGAGGCCCUGUUCCUGAGGAGCUUGCAGGCUAAUGGAGGAGAAAGGCAAAUACCAAAAUAGAUUAGAUCUAUUUGAUACAGUAGGUGCUAAGAUAGGGGUGAAAAAACAAAAAAAAAAAUUUUUUUUUUUUUUUUAAGAUAGGGGUGGAAGCCCUGGGUAGUGCAAACGGUUAAUGCUCUCAGCUACUAACUGAAGGAUUGGUGGUUCAAGUCUACCUUGGAAAGCACCUCGGAAGGAAAAAAUCAGUGAUUUUCAAAAAUUCAGCCAUUGACAACCAUGUGGAGCACAGGUCUACUCUGACACACAUGGGGUUGGACAUGAGUCCAAACUGACUCAAUAAUAACCAGUUAAGAUAGGAAUAUGCUAGGAUACUGAGUAUACUGGUAAGACUUGCUGAGAUCUGUUUCUUUCUAUUCCCACUUCUUCAACCAUGGUCCACAUCUCCAUCAUUUUUCCCGGGGCCUCAGCAAUUGCCUCUGCAAUUGCUGGUCUGCCUGCUUCCACUCUGGCCCUCACACCCAGGGUCCAGAAUAGUUUUUUGUUGUUGUUAUUUGUUUGUUUUGUUUUUCCCAAUGUAAUUAAUAUCUUGAGUGCCCCUAAUUAAAACCUUUCAGUAGUUUUCCAUAGAUUUGAAGAUAAAAUCCAGGAUCCCUUCCACAGCAAACAAGCACAUGGUCAAUCUGGCCCCUGCUUUCUUCUCUAAUUUCAUUUCAUACCACUCUCCUCACAUUCACUUUCUCCAGCCACACUGAUCUUAUCUCUGCACCUUACCCAUGGCAAGCUCUUUCCUCUGCUCCCAGGCUUUGCACUCACCGUUUUUUUCUGUCUGGAUUACUCUUCCUCCAGUCUUCACUUGGCUGGUGCUCCUGGUCAUUUGAAUCUCAACUCAUGCAUCACCUGCUAGAAAUGCUUUCAUUGACCAUCUUCUCCCCUCCCCAGGCUCUCUCUCCUCUAACUCUCUUUUGUAUUCUUUUUAAAUCUGAACUUGUGUCCUUGUGAUUUAUUUCUUUGUUUUCUGCCACCUCACUAUACAAUGUUUGUUUCAUGACAGCAAAAACCCUGUCUGUCUUGUUCACCCCUGUAUGUGAGUCCUUGACACGUCAUUAUUGUUAGCUGCUGAUGAGUUAGUGCCAACUCACGACAACCCCUUGUCAGCAGAAUAAAACGUUGUCUAGUUCUGCAUUAUCUUCACAAUUGUUGGUAUGUUCAAGUCCGUUGUUGUGGUCACUGUGUAUUUAGAGUGCCUUCCAACAUGGGGCUCAUCUUCCAGCACUAUAUUAGACAAUAUUCUGUUGUGAUCCAUAGGGUUUUCAUUGGCUAAUUUUUGAAAGUAGAUUUCUAGGCCUUUCUUCCUAGUCUGUGUUGGUCUGGAAGCCCCUCUGAAACCUGUCUGCCAUAGGUGACCCUGCUAGUAUUUGCAAUACUGGUGACAUAGCUUCCAGCAUAACUGCAACACGCAAGCCACCACCGUACAGCAAACUGGCUAUGGGUGGUGGCCCCUGGCACGUAAUAGGUACUUAGUGCAUAUUUAUUGAAUGGAUGACUGAAUGAAAGGUGCCUGAGCUGAGUUUAGACUGUCAGUAAAAUUUAGCCAGUCUAAGAAAAGUGCAGAGGUAAAGUGAUUAGCAUGAGCAAAGACUCAGAAGCAUAAAUUGGCAUAGAGUGUGCAGGGAAACUACAAGCAGCUCAGUGUGACUAGACAGUAGACUGUCAGCAGAGAGUAGUGGUGGAUGUGGCUGGUGGUAAAGACAGAAAUUAGCUCACAAAGAUCAUUGUAUGUCAUGACCUUGGACUUUAUAGUUUAGAAGGAGGGGAAACCAUCAGAUUUUGGUUUAAAUCAAAGCUUCUCAAACAGUUUAACCAUGACCCACAAGAAACACAUUUUAUAUUAUCUGUAAGCUGAGUACCACCCCCAGCUUCUAAAGGCCCCCUUCAUCUAUCUUGAAAGGCAGCAGUGGGAGGUCAUGUUCAUCUUACAUGACAUCUCCCUGACUCACUCUUCUGCCUUCCUCUUCCAUUUUUAAGGAUUCUUAUGCUUAGAUUGGGCCUACCCAGAAAAUUCAGGAGAAUAUCCCCAUCUCAAGAUCCUUAAUUUUAAUCACAUCUGCAGAAGUUCCUUUUUGCCAUGUAAGGUAACAUUUCACAGGUUCUGGGAAUUAAAGCCCUGAGCAUCCUUGGGGACCAUUAUUAUGCCUGUCACAAGAAUGUUUAUAGGGAGUUUUCUGUAGCUCACAGUCCUCCCAUUCUUUUCCUUCUUGUUUUAAUAGACGCUUAUUGAGUACUUACUUCUUCCCAGUGCUAAGUGCUGGUAAACAGCAGUGAGUAAGAGAGUCAACGUUCCUGCUCUCACUGUGGUUUAUAUUCUAGCAUAUAAGAUAGAUGACAAACAAGUAAUCGGGUAAACAAGGUAGUUACAGAUUGUACCACGAAGGCAAUAAAUAAGAUAACGAGCAGAAAGUAACUGGGAACAACUACUUUGAUGGGUGAUCGGAGAGGGGCUCUCUAAGGAAGUGGCAUAUGACCUGAGAUCUGGAGGAUAAAUAAGCCAGCCACACUAAACCAGGGGAAGAGAGUUCUAGCAGAGGAAACGGAAAGUGCCAAGUACCCCAGGCAGCUAAGGGCUUGUCUUGUUAAGGAACAGCCUGAAGGCCAGUGUGAAUGGAGCAUUGGGAGAAGGGCAAAACAAGUAGAGCUGAUGAUGUUGGCAAAAUGGGGAGAAGUGAGAAGUGCCUGAGAGACGGGGUGCGGAAGAAGACAGAAGUUCCUUCCAAAGUUGACCGUUCAUGGCAUGUGCUGUUAGAGGCUGCUCACUGGCAUUUAUUUGUAUAACCACGUGGCUGCUGGUUAAAGCAAAAAUAGACGUGUGCAAGAGAGGAGGUGUGACCGUGAAGCCUUCCCAUGUGAUUUCUCUUGGAUCAGCCGUCAAUAUUUCGUGCUCUUUGAAGCCCAAACAAGGCUGCUCAAGCUAUUCCAGUUCUAACAAGUUAAUCCUCUAUAAGUUCUACAGAAAAAUCCAUUUUCACCAUGGCCUGACCCUGAGCUCUCAAGUCACAGACCUCCCCCUUGGCACAACCGUGUUUGUCUGCAAACUGGCCUGUCGGAGCAGUGAUGAGAUUCGAAUAUGUGGCGCAGAGAUCUCCGUUGGAGUUGUUCCAGAACAGCCUCAAAAUGUAUCUUGCACACAGAAGGGAGAACAUGGAACUGUCGCCUGCACUUGGGACAGAGGAAGAGACACCCACCUGUACACUGCCUAUACUUUACAGUUAAAUGGACCAAAAAAUUUAACUUGGCAGAAGCAAUGUACGUAUCAUUUUUGUGAUCAUUUGGACCUUGGAAUAAACCUAAUCCCUGAAUCACCUGAAUCCAGCUACACAGCCAUGGUUACUGCCAUCAAUAGGCUUGGAAGUUCUUCUUCAUUGCCAUCCACAUUCACAUUCUUGGACAUAGUGAAGCCUCUUCCUCCGUGGGACAUCAGAAUCAAAUUUCUAAAUGCUUCCGUGAGAAGAUGUACCCUUUAUUGGAGAGAUGAGGGAAUGGUGCUACUUAAUCAACUCAAAUAUCGUGCCAAUAACGGCAGGUCCUGGAACAUGGUUAAUGUUACAAAUGCCAAAGGAAGAUAUGAUUUGCUUGAUCUGAAACCAUAUACAGAAUAUGAAUUUCAGAUUGCCUCUAAGCUACAUCUUCAUAAAGGAAGUUGGAGUGAUUGGAGUCAAACAUUGAGGACAAAAACACCAGAAGAAGAGCCUGCUGGAAUGUUAGAUGUCUGGUACAUGAAACAGCACAUUGACUACAAUAGACAACAGAUUUCACUUUUUUGGAAGAACCUGAGUGUAUCAGAGGCAAGAGGAAAAAUCCUCCACUAUCAGGUGACCUUGCAGGAGAUGGCAGGAGGGAAGGCCACACUACAGAACAUCACGGAACACACCUCCUGGACAUGGGUCGUUCCCAGAGCUGGGAGCUGGGCUGUGACUGUGUCCGCAGCCAACUCAAAAGGCAGUUCCCUGCCCACUCGUAUUAACAUAACGGACUUGUGCGGGGCAGGACUGCUGGCUCCUCGCCGGGUCUCUGCGCACUCAGAGGACGUGGACAACAUAGUGGUGACUUGGGAGCCUCCUGGGAGGGCUGUCCAGGAGUAUGUGGUGGAAUGGCAGGAGCUCCAUCCAGAGGGCGGCACGCAACCCCCUCUAAACUGGCUGCGGAGUCCAUCCUCCAGUGUGUCUGCUUUGAUUUCAGAGAACAUAAAACCCCACGUUUGUUAUGAAAUCCACGUGUAUGCACUGUCAGGGGACCAGGCAGGAUGCAGCUCCAUUCGCGGUAGCUCUAAGUGCAAAGCACCCUUGAAUGGCCCCCAUAUUAAUGCCAUCACAGAGGAAAAGAGAGGCAUUUUAAUUUCAUGGAACAGAAUUCCAGCCCAGGAGCAAAUGGGCUGCAUCCUGCAUUACAGGAUCUACUGGAAGGAACGGGACUCUGAUUCCCAACCUCGGCUCUGUGAAAUUCCCUAUAAAAGGGUAUCCCAAAAUUCACACCUAAUAAACAGCCUGCAGCCCGGAGUGACAUACAUCCUGUGGAUGACAGCUCUGACAGCUGCUGGUGAGAGCCCCGGAGGAAAUGAGAGGGAAUUUUAUCUGCAAGGUAAAGCCAAUUGGAGCGCAUUUGUGGCACCAAGUAUUUGCAUCGCUGUCAUCACGGUCGGCAUUUUCUCAGUGUGUUACUACCGGCAAAAAGUACCUGUUCUCCUUUCGGCCCUCAGACCUCAGUGGUACAGCAGAGAGAUUCCAGACCCAGCGAAUAGCACUUGGGCUAAAAAAUAUCCCAUCAUGGAGGAGAAGACGCAUUUGCCUGUGGACAGGUUCCUGACAGCUGCGCACACUCCUGAAGAACCUGAGACAGUGGUGAUCGAUGAAGUCAUUCAUCAGGUGGCCCCAGCCUUCAGACAUCCCCAUUGCCCCAAAUGGCCAGAAAGAGGACAAGGAGUCCGAGGUCACUGUACCUCUGAGGAAGACAUAGCACCUCCAAGAGCCCUCACAGCUGAGGCAAGACAACUAGGUGAUCUGUACAAGGUGCUGGGCGGCAGGGGCCCUGACUCAAAGCCUGGAAACCCAGGCAGCCCCUUGACAGUCCUCCCAGUGGACUUCCUUCCCACCCAUGAGGGCUACUUACCCUCCAACAUAGAUUAUCUCCCUUCACAUGAGGCUCCUGUCCCUGACCCUCUGGAAGAACUGGAGCCUCAGCACAUUUCCUUUUCUGUUUUCCCCUCAAGUUCCCUUCACCCGCUCAGCUUCUCCUGUGGUGAGAAACUGACUCUGGAUCAGUUAAAGAUGGGGUGUGGCUCCCUUAUGCUCUGAGAGAUGAGGCUCGAAGCCUGGAAAGUCAGUGAGCCCCCAACCAGCACAGCACACCCCAUCUACUCAGCUACCUCUCCAAAAGGGAUAAAAUUACAUACUCUAGUAGCCAUCACCUCUGGGUGCUGCCAUCAGGCCUGGGUGCUGCUGGACAGAUGGCAAGCCAGCUCAUGGUGAGUCUUGGGAACUGAGCAUUGGCCUUCACCCAGAUACCUCACCUUGCCUUCUCCAGACCCUUAACAUUACAUCCUCCACCACGUGGACCUGCAGACUUCAACCUGGGUUCCUGGCAACUUUCUUGGCUAUGCUGGCCAGAAAGGGAAAAGGGGAAGAGAAGCUAAAACUCCUACUAGCAGUGGCCAACAGUCUAGAGGACCAUUCAUGCAACAAAUAUUUAUAAAACAUCUACUACAUACCAGGCCUUAUGCUCUAGAUCAGUACUGUUCAGUAGAACUUUCAGAGAUGGUAGAAAUGUUCUGUAUCUGUCCAAUACUGUAGACACUAGCAACAUGUGAUUACUGACCACUUGAAAUGUGUCUAGCAUGACCAAGGAACUGAAUUUUGAUUAUAAUUAAAAUACUCAUAGUGGUUAGUGGCUACCACAUUGGACAGUGUAGCUCUAAAUGGUGAAUACACUAUUGAGAAUUAUAGGGAGCCUUCAAAACAAAUUUUGACUUGCAUGAACACCAGUAUAAAAGGGCCCCCAGGACAAUUACUGUGCUAUUUGAUGAAGCCUAUGAACACAUCUUUUUUUAAAUUUUUCCUAGUUUUGCUAGCGUACUAUGGUUUUAUUAUGCCUUCACCCUCUUUCAAUAAAUCAAGAGCAGUUUGGAGUGCUCCUGUAAACGCACUGUAGGACUUUGGGCAUGCCUUCCUCAUGAAGACUUCAAGCUGAUCCUCAUGCAGCUCAAGAUGAACCUGGAAGAUAAUUCUCUUUCCAAGGCAUGAACUGGAACAUGACCCAUGAUUUACACCUUUAAAGCUGUGGCCUCUGGCUUGUCACCCUUUCCUCUCCCAUCUCUCUCUAUGGCUUCAUUAUCAUCAUUUCUUCCACUGAGCUGGUAGGGAAGUAAUAGUCUGAACUUCUAGUAGUUACUGUGUCAUUCAGAUAUUAAUGCCCUUUCCAAAAGAAUAUAGGCUGAGAAGUCCAAAAAGGAUCUAUUUCUUAAAUCUCUCUCCAAACCUGGGGCCUACCCCCACCUACACCCUAACACUGGAACUGAGGCAGCUUCUCCACUUUCCUUUGUUUGGAUUUUCAUUGAAAAAAAUUUUUUUUUUUUUGGUUACAGAUGUGUACUCCUUCCCUAACCUACCAAAUUAGAAUGUGUCCAUACUGGUUCACUGCCCAGUUCUGUAUAAAUAACUAUUCACAGCCUUUUGGUUUAUCAGACUUCCCUGUGCUCUACAGGAUGAAGUGAUGAACAUUUGCUGUGCUUAUUCAUGUUGAAACUCGAUUCAUCCUUGCUUCCCAACAUCCCAGACCUCAUACAUUUAGCCCUCGCAGGUUUUUUUUAAAAAAGCUUAAGGUCCUUCCUUCCAUCAGCUGUUGUGCAGCCCCUUCAGACCAUGGUUCCUUGCCUCUCAGUAUUAGCUGUGGCUUGUGUGCACCCAGGAUAUAGUGUCCCUCCAUCAACUUGUUUGAAACAAGAGGUCUCCUCCUCAGAAGCAGGCCAACCUAUUACCUCUUGGCAGUGGGAGCUAAUUUUACUUUCUUGCAAUAGCUGUUUUCCCUUCCUUUGAUUUCCUCUGGAUUACGUGAUAUCAGUUUUUUGGUUGCUGUUCCCAUUCUCCCUUGUCUCCAACACCCAGUCUCCCUUUUACCCCUACUCCCUCUCCCUUCCCUUCAAGCCCCAGGUGAUGCUGCAGUCAUUUGUCUCCCUAAAAGAAAAGUUAAAAAGUUGCACAUCACCUCCUCUGAGAAGCCUUCCUUGACUCCUUUAAGCUGUAGCAGAUUCCCAUCCUCCAUGCUUGCACAACACAUACUUCUUCUACCGGGCUGUAAACAACUUGCAAGCAGGAACUGUGGCAUGUUUCCCCAGCACCAUGCUUUGUGCAGAGUUGUUGGGUGCCGUCAAGCUGAUUUUGACUUGUAGCAACCGCAUGUGACAGAGUAGAACUGCCCCAUAGGGUUUUCUAGGCUGUGAUCUUUAUGGGAGCAGAUUGCCAAGUCUCUUCUCCCUUGGAGAAUUGUCAGUCUUUCAGUUAACAGCUGAGCGCUUAAGCAUUAUGCCACCAGGGCUCCUUUGGUCUGUAAAAGGCUCUCAAUAAAAAGUAAAAGAUGUCACCUGCCAUCUCUUUUAUCUUGUUCCUUCUGUUUCAAGUCAGUCUAGCUGUGUCUGCCUCCUAGUUUAUUGGGACAAUUGACAGCUUGCAUUUGUUCUUCAUUCUCAGUUCCCACUCUACCCCAUUUUCAUUGAAGGCACUGCUGUGAUACAUGUAGAGGAAUUUAUUUUAAAGACAUAUUUGAACAUAUCUUUGGUUGCUCAUUCAGCCAGAUAAAAUGUCCUGUUUCUGUGAAUGAUGGAGGAUGGGUAACCUUACCUUGCCCUUGCCAAGUAGUUUUCACAAUUCCUUCUCUCCCAAUCAAUACUCCAGAUCAGGUUGCCAGCUUUACCAGGACUGGAGGGAACUCACCAACAUUCGUACACCCAAGCUUUCAUUCCACAGGAAAAUGAGCAAUGAUAUUAAAUCCUCGCUCCUGAUACACAUCCCAAAGCCAGCCCAGAAAUUUCUGCUCUACUAAAACUCACAUAUUCCUUAAUUCUCUGGGACCUAAAUAACUAUAAAUACUGUUGUUGAGUUCAUUUUUAAUGAAUUCAUGGGAAUUUCCCAUACCAUUUCUUAUGGAGAGAUUCUUACCAUGAAUUGUUCCUUGAAAAGACAUCUUUCCUAGAAACCAGAGACUAUUUCCUUGGCCCAUCUUCCUUAUUGACAUUACCAGUCAAUUCCGACUCAUGGUGACCCCAUAUGUGUCAAAGAAGAACUCUGCUCCAGGCAGUUUUCAAUAGCUGAUUCUUCAAAGUAAAAUUGCCAGGCCUUUCUUCCAAGGCACCUCUGCACAUUAACUAUUCGCACCACCCAGGGACUCCUUAUAGGCAUUAGGAAAAGUCAAACUGAUACCUUCCUCCACUCUGUCCCAGUAUCUCAGCUUUCAUUAAUAGCCUACAGCUGCAACUCACCAAUACUCUGGAGGCCAGGGAAAAAGAUGCCAAGCUGAACACAUUCUAUUUGCCAACUCUGUGUGUUAGAAUCUUGGAUUUUCUCCACUGGGUUCUUUUUCUUUCACCUGAUGCAGCUGUCACCUGUCCCAAUACCAAUCCUCAGGCCCUCCAGAGGAGCCCUGUUUUCCUUUUCUAGGCGGCAGGACUCACAGAAGUUCACAUUAUCCAUCCUUAUUAAUGGCUGGUAGGUGAACCCUUAUGAGUGAAGCACCAUUUCAAGUAAAAGAUCAGAAGGGUCUCCCUUUACCUCUAAAAAAAGACAGGCAAUUUAGUCAAUUGGCUAACUGACCAAUGGAGAAAAACAAGUCAGAUCCUUACAUCACAACGUAGACCAGAAUAAAUUUCCAAUAGACUAAAAUGAAAACCUUGCAAUACUCAUACACACACACUUCGAUAAAAAGAUUGUAACAUAUGCCAAACAUAGCUUCCUUAAUGAGGAACUCUUACAGAUCAAUAUGAAAAAAGCCAACACUUCAAAGAAAAAUGUACUGUGAACGGGCAACUCACAAAAUACAUAUAAAUGCCCAGUAAGCAUUAAAAAAAAACCCUAUAUAUUAAAGAAAUAAAAUUUAAAUAAGAUAGCAUUUUUCACUUAUCAUUAGCAAAGAUUAAAAAAUCAGCCAGUAUUAAUAAGGGAAACUGGUGCCUACAAUAGGGGCGUAAGUCAGCCCCUUUCUGGAGGGCAGUUGGGCAAUACUGAAUAAGGUGUAAGUAACUUUUUUUUUUUUAAGUAACUUACUUCUAGCAAUGCACCUAAGGAGCAGUAUGUAUAUUCUAAGUCGAAUGCAGCAUUCAUCACAGCAUUGAUUGUAAUAGCGGGAAAGGCCUAAAUAGCCUUCAGUACAGACUUGCUUAAAUCAAGAUAGCUGUACAAUGAAAUACUGAAUUUCACAGAAUCUAAGACUUGUUGUUGUUGUUGUUAGGUGCUGUCAAGUGGGUUCCGACUCAUAGCAACACUAUGCACAACAGAACAAAACACUGCCUGGUCCUGCGCCAUCCUUAAAAUUGUUGUUAUGCUUGAGCUCAUUGUUGCAGCCACUGUGUCAAUCCACCUUGUUGAGGGUCUUCGUCUUUUCUGCUGACCCUGUACUCUGCCAAGCAUGAUGUCCUUCUCCAGGGACUGAUCCCUCCUGACAACAUGUCCAAAGUAUGUAAGAUGCCGUCUUGCCAUCCUUGCCUCUAAGGAGCGUUCUGGCUGCACUUCUUCCAAGACAGAUUUGUUCGUUUUUUUGGCAGUCCAUGGUAUAUUCAAUAUUCUUCGCCAACACCACAAUUCAAAGGCAUCAACUCUUCUUCAGUCUUCCUUAUUCAUUGUCCAGCUUUCACAUGCAUAUGAUGUGAUUGAAAAUACCAUGGCUUGGGUCAGGUGCACCUUAGUCUUCAGGGUGACAUCUUUGCUCUUCAACACUUUGAAGAGGUCCUUUACAACAGAUUUGCCCAAAGCAAUGCAUCUUUUGAUUUCUUGACUGCUGCUUCCAUGGCUGUUGAUUGUGGAUGCAAGAAAAAUGAAAUCUUUGAUAACUUCAAUCUUUUAUCCGUUUAUCAUGAUGUUGCUCAUUGGUCCAGUUGUGAGGAUUUUUGUUUUAUGUUGAGGUGUAAUCCAUACUGAAGGCUGUGGUCUUUGAUCUUCAUUAGUAAGUGCUUCAAGUCGUCUUCACUUUCAGCAAGCAAGGUUGUGUCAUCUGCAUAACGCAGGUUGUUAAUGAGUCUUCCUCCAAUCCUAAUGCCCCGUUCUUCUUCAUAUAGUCCAGCUUCUCGUAUUAUUUUUCAGCAUACAGAUUAAAUAGGUAUGGUGAAAGAAUACAACCCUGACGCACAUCUUUCCUGACUUUAAACCAGUCAGUACUUUUAAGACACUCCACCACUUUAUGUUGAGUAGAAAAAAUGCUAAUUAAAGUGUAGUAUACCAUCUACCUUCAAUUAUGUGAUGCAAUUUUUCCCAAAAUUUUAACAUGUCUGAAAUUAGGAUGGAUCUUAGAAGUGAUGAAAAGCAUACUAUACUGUGCAGUCUUUUUUAAAAAUGUAGAACAGGACUUGACAUGGAAAACAGUUUACAAAAGGCUGAAUGGGAUCAUCGCCACUUUUAUAAAUUUUCAGGGCACCAAAAAAUCCAAAAGAAUAUCUACCAGAAUGUAACAGUGAUCAUCUCUAGGCCAUAGUUUUUGUUCCCCCCAUCAUAAAUACGCAUUACACUUAUAAUUAAACAGAAAGUCAACAAUACCAAUUUCUUCUCAAAGCUCUGAAACAGUGGGUCUAGUGACAGACACUGCUAACUACCUUGAAGACUUUUCUUGGUGGCCCAUCACCCUCCAACUUCAUGUGUCAGCGCUUAGCACUUUCACUGACCAUAUUUGUACUUUUGUCAAAGACACUAGAAAAAGCCAAACAUGACACAGGUGAGGCUGGGGGUUGGUGAUAAGGUAUUAACGUAAUACUGAGUCAGUGGAUUUUUGAAAUCCAGAGUUUGUGUAACAAGCCAAUUUUUGCCCAAUUCCCUUUUUCUAAUAAGAAUUGUUAAUAAUGAUUGAUAAUAGCAUCCAACACAGUACUCAGUACGUGCAGGCAGUUCUCAAGUGUUUUAACUCCGUUCUCAUAACCACCAGUUAAGCAGGUGUUACGAGGAAACUGAGACAGAAGGUUAAGUAACUUGCCAGGAGUCACACAACUAGUACCUAAUACCAGGUAGUCUGGUUUCAGACCUCAUUACUUUAUAAUUCCUUUCUGUGCAAAAGGACAACUUUCCAGAUACAUUUAUAUCAGGGUUCUACUGUAAUUAUAAAAUCUUUGAAGUUAUUUUUACUAGGUUUCCCCAUACCUGUGAAGUUCUAGUUCAUACUUAGUUCUUGCAGUAACAACCUAAAAAACAUGUAAUUUUAAAACAAACACCACCAGGACAAAUUUGGCACUCCUGGAUUUGUUAGUUUAUCUCCCCAGCUACACUAAAUCCUAUAAUACAAGACACAGGUAAGCCACAGAAGGGAAAUGCCGCUCCCAAUAAAGUACGUUUUUUUUAAGGAAAUUGAUAAAUGGAGUAAAGCUAUAAAUAAAAGCAUUAGGCCUUUUAAAUAGAAAAGCAAUCAAAGCAAUAUGCUCCCCUCUUUGAAUUAAAAUGGCUAUAAUCAAACUCAUUGCCACCGAGUCAAUUCUAUUUUGACUCAAACGCAGUUUAGCUACUGUUUAGGUAUUAGGGCCGCAUUUGACUCAGUCUUGCUUGUAUGAAUUCUUACGACCUAUAUACCUGCCUUUCCUACAUCCUAUGGUAAUUGGCUCCAUACUUGGUAAGUGAAGUGGUCACUUCUUUUUUCAUUUACAAGGGACAAAACCAUUCUAAAACUGGUUCCACUGAGAUUUCAACCACAUCUCUAAGAAACAUAAAAACAUAUUAUGUAAAUACCAUGGGGUCCCUUUAAGUUAAUUCAGGCCACUAAAAUUUCCACAACUCAAUUUAAAGGAUUCUUCCAGAUACCCUGUUUUUACCCUGAACAAUGUCAGGUGAGGUUCAAAACCCUUUCCCCUUUCACUAUCAUACUUUACCACCUACAGGUAGGUAACAGGAACCAAAGAAACACAAAGCUAUUACUGGGUUCUCCAGAGAAUAAACUAAUCUUAAAGGACCUAAAUUUUCACUGGAAAAAUAAACUCAUGAUUAGGGCAUUUUCGCUAAUUCAAGAAAACUGUACUAUUUCAAAAUUGGGUAACUUGUAACAAAACACCUGAUCCUUUAUUAAAGAAAAUCUCAACACACUUGCUAAAAUGGCAAUUAGGUAUCCCUGCAAAUUUGCGGAGAAUAUUGUCUGUGUAACCUGGGGGUACUUCUCUUGCGUGGGCCAAACCAAGAAGCCAAGAUACUACCCUAUGAAAAAAAAUAUCUCCCAAGCUGAAAAGAGGAUGUCCCAAGAUUCAUAUAAACACAGAAAUCACACUUUAUCCCAUCACAAAAGAGUAAAAGAUCAUUUGUCUUCUUUUCACAGCGUUGUAAGAAAUACUUUUUUCUAGGGUUCUUUCUUCUCCACCUCUGGUGCUUGAACUAAAAUCCCAUUUGACUAGACUGCUUUGUAUUCCUAUAAAAACUCUCACCCUUUAGUUGACCCUCUCGGAUCUAUGGCAGGGUAGCUUUCAAAGCAAAUGCAGAAACAGCUUUUAACACCCACAUUUGACCUGCUUGCAAUAGAUUAAAAAAGGGUAGUAGUUAUAAAUAACUUGCAAGGGUAAUUAAGUCAAUAAAAGUCCUUUCUCCAGCCACAGAUGCAAUCUUCAGAUUAUUUUUUUUUUUUUCCUCUAAAAACCUGCAGUCAUCUUUAAUAACCCUAAGUAGCAAGAGAUAGAUGAUCCUGGGAAAAAAGGGAACAUCGGUGCUCUCCUGUAGCUGAAGUGCUGGUUAUUUAAGUUCUUCAAGCAAGUUUAUUGGCAAUUUUCUCUAUUAAGACUGCCCAUUUUCUGCUGAAGAGAAUUCCUUUCUCAGAUGGUUUGCAUUGCACAGCAUCCAAAGAAAGCACUUCUCUACUUCUUCAGUCAAAAUGACUUUCAGCUCCAGCAUUUGGCUCAGGAUGGAGGGGGUCAUCCAACUGUUAAUAAAAACACGUCAACCUACCGAUUUUGUUAAUGCAGAAUGAGUAAGCAGCAUGCAAUCUUGAAGAGAUUCUGUCAUUAGGAACAAAAUAGUGUUCUGAAGCACUCAGAAAAUACCUGCAAUAUACAUUUUUUCCAAAGACAAACUCUACCUUAAAAAUAAGUUUUAUUCAAUCCAAUCUCCCCAUUCUUCAGAAGCUCUUAAUUUAGACUUCAGCACCUAAGUGAACCCUUGGCAAACAUAUAAGGAGUAUAUUACAAAAUGUGGAACACGAAUCAAGUGGACAGCAAACUACCUGUAGAUUUUAAGGAAAAGCUCUUUCCUGUUACCUUAAAAAAAAUACGGAAGUUACACUAGAACCUGACAUUCUUCAGGGAAAAUGGACAAACCAAUCCUGUAUCUCUGAACAGAAACGUUACCUCAGUGUUUAGUUCAAUUCACUAAUCAUUUCUGCCUAAACAUGUUCAGCCAUGAAACGUGCGGGGUGGGGGGAAUAAACCCACCACCCACCUUUAGUCAUCAGUUUCUUUCCAAAACAAUCCCAGCAGUCUGAGCACUUUAACAAAACGUCUAAACGUAUGUUUGUCUAAGUAUUGUCAAAGUGAGUGCCAAAUGAAGCAACAUUUCACUGUGGAUUAUUACACCCAAGGUGUGAGACCAGGAACUCAGUAUGCAAAGCUCCCAAAACAAAAUUUCUCAGAUUAUAGUCAUCAGCUAACAGAAAAUUUUAGUUAUAUUUUAAAUCUGACAAAAUUCUGGGCAAAUUUGAAAUAUGAAAAAAAAUGCCAUUUCUUCAAAUUAGAGAUCUUUUAGACCCUGUUGUUGUGUGCCUUGGAGUCAAUUCCGACCCAUGAAUCAACUACCACAGCAACCGAGAUACAAUGAACAACAGUUCAAAGAUAAGCAACUUCCCAUGUUCCCUACUCAAUUCACCAAACAAUAUCAAAACUGAGAUUAGUCUGUAGCUUUCCAAUUCAUUGCAAAUAUCUUUUUUCAACAACACAAAUGUUAAAUAUACACAUGGACCUCACUGGAUGGGAUACACAGGAAUCAAAUCGACUCUGUGGAAAAAACGGAUGGAAAAGCUCAAUAUCAUCAGAACUAGGCCAGGGGCUGACUGCCAGAACAGACCACCAAUUGCUCAUAUGCAAGUUCAAGUUGAAGCUGAAGAAAAUUUGAACAAGUCCAUGAGAGCCAAAGUACGACCUUCAGUAUAUCCCACUGGAAUUUAAAGACCAUGUCAAGAACAGAUUUGACGCUCUGAACUCUAACAACUGAACACGAGUUAUGGGAUGACAUCAAGGACAUCAGACAUGAAGAAAUCAAGGUCAUUAAAAAGACAGGAAAGAAAGACCAAAAUGGAUGUCAGGAGAGACUCUGAAACUUGCUCUUGAAUGUACAGUAGCUAAAGCGAAUGGAAGAAAUGAUCACGUAAGAGCUGGACAGAUUUCAAAAGGACAGCUCUAAAAAACAAACUUUUUAAAUAAAAUGUGCAAAGACUUCGAGUGAGGAAACCAAAAGAACAUGCUUGGCAUUUCUCAAGCUGCAAGAACUGAAGAAAAAAAUUCAAGCCUCAAGUUGCACUACUGAAGAAUUCUAUGGGCAAACUAUUGAACGACGCAGGAAGCAUCAAAAGAUGGAAUAUACAGUCACCGUACCAAACAGUAAGAACUGCUUGGCAUUGAACCAUUUCAUGAGGUAGCAUAUGAUCAAGAACCAAUGGUACUGACGGAAGAAGUCCAAACUACACUGAAGGCACGGGUGGAAAGCAAGGCUCCAGAAAUUGCUGGAAUACCAAUUGAGAUGUUUUACAAACUGAUGCGGCGCUGGAGGUGCUCCAUCAUCUAUGCCACCAAAACCUACUGCCGUCGAGAUUUCGACUCAUAGCGACCCUAUAGGCAAUAAAUUUGGAAAACAGCUACCUGGCCAACCAACUGGAAGAGAUCCAUAUUUGUGCUCAUUCCAAAGAAAAAUGAUCCAACAGAGUGCAGAAAUUAUUGAACACUAUCAUUAUUAGUAUCACACAGGUGAAGUUCUCCUGAAGAUAAUUAAAAUACAGUUGCAGGGAACUGACAGAAGUUUCAGCCAGAUUCAGAAGACGUGGAAUGAGGGAUAUCACUACUGAUGUUGGAUGGACCUUGGCUAAAAGCAGAGAAUACUGAAAAGUAUUUACCUAUGUUUUAUUGACUAUACAAAGGCAUUUGACUGAGUGGAUCAUAAAUUAUGGAUAACAUUGCAAAGAAUGGGAAUUCCAGAAGACUUAAUUAUGCUCAUGUGGAAUCUAUAUAUGGACCAAGACAGUCAUUUGAAUGUGGUUUAAAGUCAGAAAAGGUGUGCAUCAAGGUUGUAUCCCUUCACCAUACUUCAAUCUGUAUGCUAUGCAAAUAAUCCGAGAAGCCAGACAAUAUGAAGAGAAUCCAGAAUCACAAUUGGAGGCAGACUUAUUAACCUGCGAUAUGCAAAUGACACAAACUUGCUAGCUGAAAGCAGAGAGGACUUGAAGCCCUUACCGAUGAAGAUCCAGACUAUAGCCUUCAGUAAGAAUUACACCUCAACACAAGGAAAACAAAAAUCCUCAUAAUUGGGCCAAUAAGCAACAUCGUGACAAAAUGGAAAAAGAUCAAAGUUGUGAAGGAUUUCAUUUUACUUGGAACCACAAUUGACACGCAUAGAACCAGGGGUCAAGAAAUCAAAUGAUUUCUUUUUUGUGCAUUGGGCAAAUCUGCUGUGAGAGACCUCUUUAAAGUGUUGAAAAGCAAAGAUGUCACUUUGAGGACUAAGGGGCAUCUGACCCAAGUCAUGAUUUUUUAAAUAGCUUUAUAUGGACAGAGAAGCUGUGCAAUGAGUAAGACAGAAGAACUGAUGCCUUUGCAUUAUGCUGCUGGUGAAAAAUACUUGAAUAUACCAUGGACUGCCAGAGAACAAAUCUCUCCUGGAAGAAGUAGAGCCACAAUGCUCCUUUGAAACAAGGAUGGCAAGACUUUGUCUUACGUACUUUAGACAUGUUACUGGAAGGGACCAAGUUCCUAGAGGACAUCAUGCUUGGUAGAGGGUCAGGGACUAAGAGGAAGACCCUCAAUGAGAUGGACUGACACAGUGGCUAUAACAAUGGGCUCAAACAAAGCAAUGAUCGUGAGGAUGGCACAGGACCAGGCAGGUUUCAUUCUGUUGUAUAAACGGUCGCUGAUUCAGAACUGACUUGACAGUACCUAACCACCUUACGCAGCCAUUUCAAGAGUAAAGCCACAAGAUCAGUUUAUAGCAAUUGACUCAAAACAACCAUAACGAAUCAGUUGCCAGAUAGUUAUCAACGCACAGGGUUUAGGAGAGUACCCUUACAAGUAUGAAUCCACUAGGGUUGCCAUACCCUACCAAAUGGGCAACAAAAGGGAUAAACAUCAUUGACUUAAAACCUUAAAUACCCACAUGUAAUAGUUCAAAGAAAAACAUCAUUUGAUAAAGGAUAUUCUGACUUGUGUGGGCCAUUUCUCACCUUUCCUUCCAUAUUUAGAAGUGAAUAACUGACUCCCAGCUACUUAAUACAGAAUGUCACAAAAGCUGUAAUUCAGCCCAAAUGGGUAUUCUCCUGACUAAUCUGAGAAAUGCAUUCUCCAGAAGCCAUUAAUCCUUGUGGCCACUCAGCCUGGUCACCUGCCCUGUAGUUGACCAGACUCAUGGUGAUCUCAUGUGCUACAACGAACAGCUCCAUAGGGCUUCUUGCCUGAAAUCUUUACUAUAGUUUAUUGAAACACGUUUUCUCACCUGUAACAAAAUGUUCAGAAAGCUGGGGAAAAUUAAUUAGCAUAACAGCACAAGCUUAACACGAAGUACUUUGAGAAAUGCCACUAAAUGUCUAGCAUUAAACUAUAAUUAUGCUUAUUUUUAUAGAUUUAUACUUUCCUUAACAGCUUUCAGAAGAAUAUAUUUAAGCCACCAGCUGCAUGAUUUUUUAAAUUAACAAUAUAUCUUUACUAAGAGGCUACCAGAUUAUCUUGCCCUUAUUCCAACUCAUUUCACAAUUUUCCAUAGGACAUAAUUAUUACUGUGUAACUAAAACUAAAUUUUUAUUUUAAAAGAGCUCUUGGAUGCCGGGAAGUGACAGCUUAGUUCAGGUCAGCAAGCUUUUUCUGUAAAGGGCCAGAUACGCAUUUUACAUUUUGCUGGCUACCAUCUCUGUAGCAUUUUUUUUUUUUUUAACCAUUUCAAAAUAUUUAGCUCAGAGACUACAAAAACAGACCACAGAAUGAAGUUUGCUGACUUAGAUAUAGCACUUUAUUGAAAUGAUAGUCAUUACCAACGUUGGCACUCUCAUGUGUGGCCAAAAUAUUGAUGACUUUAACCUAUUUCCAUUAUAACCCAAUCACUUUUUGAAACUAUUAAGCUUCUCAUCCUUCAGGUUACAACUUGCUUUCUCUAUAUUCUUUCCUUUUUUUGAAUUCCUCUUGGCCUGAAACCAACUUAUUUCAAAGGCUUCUCAGAUAACUUCCAAAUCUCUCACCCAGAAGAUUCUUAAAUUGAGAGAACAUGGCAAGGCUAAGCAAAAAAUAACUGCACUCAAAUUUCUGAGAAGUGCCACUUAAAUUCAUCCCAAUGAUAAAAUUAGAUGCUUCAUUUUGCAAUGUUGAUUUUUUCAUAUUACUAGUGUCUGGAGGCUUCGAUUAAAUUUUAUUGCCUUGUUACUAGAUACACCCUGCAAAGCAUACUUAUAAUCAAAUUUUCUGGGCUUUCUGUAGUUAACUUGGAGAUCUGGCUUUUAAGCGUUCAGAUUCACUGAACGCUCAUUUAUGUUAAUCUCAGAACUAUAAAAGUUUGGGUUACAAUCUACUUUCUAAGCAUAACGAAAGUAGAACUGCAUGUACCCGAGACCCCUAGAAUUUGCUAUUUAUCAGUUAGCUCAUCAAUAUAUCUAGCAUAUUCUUACCUUUAAAGUCCACUACCAACUGGGUUCUACCAACUUCAUAUUUCUCCUUAAAUUGCUUUUAUACCUUUUAACAUGUUAGUUCUUUUUACAUAAAGCUAGUGUAUUCUUAAAGAUGUAUUUUAAAAAUCCAAUCUACCAUAGUUAGACUUUGUAUGCAACUUCCCAAAAGCAUUAAGAACAUUACUCCUUCAGUGCAGCCAUCUCUAGCAAUUAGAAAAAUAAAACAAUCAGAACGGAAUAUUAAAUCCUCCCUCCAAACCCAUACCAAAAGUAAGCCCCAAGUAUAUUUACAACCCGAGAUUGUGUGGCCUUCCAUUUCCAAAAUAAAACUGAUAAAACAGCUACCACGUUUAUAGUACCUGAUAACGUUUUUAAAUCCUUCAGAGGUCCUAUAACAUAUCCCCAAUUACUUCAUUGCAAGCUGAAAAUACCUUAAUUACAAUUUCAGCUGUUAUUAUUUCUAUUUUAAAAGUGUCAAGAAAUAAGUUCACUAGAACAUUCCAUCAGAGCCACCAUUUAUAUUUUAGGAUGUGUUCAUUAAGCGAUUUUGUCAUUAAGGAGUAUUUAUACCUAUUGUCAAUAAAAAGUAGCAUUCGGUACAAUUAACUUUCAUGCUCAAAAUGUGGUUUGCUUAGAGACAUACCAAUUGUCAUGUGUCAGCCCUUAAAAUUUAUGUGACAAGUUUAAAAUUUAGUAUUUCUAAUUUUAACACUCAUUAAGAUAGAUAUCCUUCCCAAAUGUGACUCAACAAGCCUGGUUUAACAAAAACCCCACAUAAACAAAAAACUAACCGUAAGAGGGGAAAAUUAAAUGAGUGUUAUCUUGGGGGUGCACACACAGGUCAGAAACCAGGAAACACAUGACGAUAAAUGGGCUUCUAUUUGUUCUGAUAACUUUUAAAAAAUGAGCAUGAAAAUAAAUCUUUAUUUUCAGUUAUUACCCACCAAUAAGAGAAAGUAAGGUUCACAGUUUUAGCUCUUGACAAAGUGAACUAGGAGGCAAUUCACAUCCAUCAGAUACAACUAAUGGACCAACUUUUAAGUUUAGGCUAUCUUGAAAGCUUGCAACAUAUCAGAUAUUGCUGUGUUCCUUUGUGACAAACUGCCAGCUAUGGAUGACAGUGAGCAGAACUUCCAAAGUGUUUUUACUUAACAGCAGGUGUUUUCUGUAAUGCUGCUAGAAACCAAGAGAUUUACCGCUAAUGUCACAUGUUCAGAAACGAGUUAGAUGCAGAAAUCUCAACACACUCAUUUAGGAGUAUGUAUGUUGCAGUCUCAAGAGGGGUCAGUAGUCCAUGUGGACUAAAUAAUACUUGCCUCUGGGUAGCAAGGUUUGUUUGUAAAUAUAAAAUUGUAUUAGACAUUAGCACCAGUGCAGAACAUGCUCAGCAUCAUAAGAUCCAAAACACCAGCACAAGUUAUCCACCAUUAAAGAAUAGUUAUCCUACCCCAAGAUGUCAGACUAGUGAUCAGGUGAAUAAAUCUAACCCAAAUAAAUAAUUCUUAUACUGUACAAUUUCUGUGAGAAGUAUAUAGGAGAACCAAUCAGUUAGACAUUUUAAGAUUUUUGAUCUUCCCUAUUUUUAAAACGGGGCAUUAGUAUAUAUAGGCAGAAAAUUACUAAAAAUUAUUCAGUGACCAAAGACCUUUGAAACAAAACAUUUCUUUCCUGUUUAUCAACAAAUGGUGGCAAAAAAAAAAAAAUUCC